CCAAAAUGUAUCAGUGUGCAUUCAACCAGCAAAUUUGUAGCGUGUAACCAAAAUCUUGAAAACUUUCAGAAAAAUGAAACUGUUCAUUACUCUGUCCGCUUUGAUGGCAGUGGUGGCUGCCGGUGGUGAUCACUAUGUGGAGCACAAGCACAUUCCCAUCGUGCACAGUGAGUUGGCUCAGAGCAACGAUGGUACCUUCAAGUUUGGAUACGAAUCGGGCAAUGGCAUUGUCGUCCAGGAGGCAGGACAUGUCAAGAACUUCGGCAGCAAGGAACAGGCCAACGUUGCUCAGGGAUCAUACUCGUACGUUGAUCCCCAUGGUGAAGUAGUUUCUGUGAGUUACGUUGCCGAUGAGAAUGGAUUCCAGGUCCAUGGAUCGCACAUUCCAACGCCACCACCACUACCAAAGGAGCUGGUUGAGGCCUACGCUAAGGUGGGCAGUCAUCCUGAGGCCCAUCACGAUACCCCAGAAAACUACAAGGGUCACUGAGCAGAUCCGGUAAUGUAGCAGCAUGUUGCAGAAGAAGAUCUCUCUCGAUGAGUACAUACCAAAAUGUGAUAGUCGGGUAUUCGAUUGUCAGCCGGAUAGUGCCAAGUGAUAUUAGUUUUGAUAGAUAAAUAUGUUUGAAGAGAUUAAUAUUGAUAUUGUAAAUAAAAAAUAUGAUUUUAUUCACCUUUGA